AUGGCCGAGUCGGAGCUGUUGGGGCUCGCGGGGCUGCGCUCCGUGGCCGUACAGUCCACUCACAUCCAGCGCGUGCAGCUUUUGACCUCUUCUCCGCCUUCUUCCAAGCCUCGCACUCCAGAGCCGAGUCUACGUUCGCGUCUGCAGCGUCAAUGGCGAUCGAACGCGUGGCUCUUGUUGACGCUGGGCUUUAUCUGCUGCUGGGCCACAACCAACGCCGCCACUUCCAAGAGCAAAACUGACAAUACAGCGGCUACUUCAAGCGACCUGUACAUCGUCUUAGUGAGCAUCCCCGUUCUGGAUAAGGUGCUGCCACUCAAGCAUCUAGCCGAGUCGCUGCUAUCCCGUGGUGUGCGCGUAGGUUUCGCACUACCCGAGAAUUGUCGCCAAUGGGUAAGCGAUCUGGAAGGACUGGAAUUUAUUUCUCUGGGGAAUAUCGUAGGCAAAGGACGGGCAACGGCAUUGGACCCGAGCGAACUCCACAGUCUCGGAGUUUAUGAAAGCUACGCCAAUACUUUACGCUACUAUGCCUCAUUCCAACGCCCAAUGUUCGGAGCGCUGCUAGAAGAUUUUGAAGAUGAGCGGCCGGACUUGGUCGUGGUGGAUCGAUUCACGUUUGCGGGCUUUGACGCCUGCCAUCGACUGCAAUUACCCUACGUGGUGAAUGACCCGCACCUGCUGUUUGACAUAGACUCACCUCCGGCAUACAUCCCCGCGCCUUUCUCCAGUUUUACCAUGCACAAAACGAGCGUGUUGGAACGAUGUCUGAAUAGCUACUACCGUCUGCGCUUCCGACUGCAAUUAGUGCAUGUGUAUAAAGAGAUUAACGCCGUGCGGCAAGAACACGGACUCGAAGCCAUCGAUAGCAAGCAUCAGAUGCACGGCCACGCGCUUGUGCUAGUCAACUCGGUCUUCGGUUUGGAUGAAGCGCGUCCGAUGGCACCUCAAUUCAAAAUGGUGGGUCUAUUACAGUCGCACAAGCUGCAACGCGAGCGUCAAGAAGCCAAUGGACGCAGCAGCUUUCCAGCGGCACUGACCACGUGGUUAGAGGCGCCAGAACAUCAAGACAAACCGCUGAUAUUUAUCAGCUUCCAGACUGACGUACCGUUGACCCCCGAGUUCAUUACAGCCACCAUGAACGCUUUGGAGACCGUGAAUGCCCGACUGUUAUGGAAAAUCACACUACAAGAGCAGGCUGCGUUCGAUCUGCGCUCACGUCCUCGAGACUCGGUCAUGUUCCUGGGCGACGGACUGGAUGAAGCUACAGUGUUAGCAUUGGCGCCUGAGAUAGAGUUACUGGUUACCGCAGGAGAUUUUGCGAGUAUGCAAGAGGCGCUCGUUGCUGGAGUGCCCGUUCUAGGUCUACCUCACUCAGCAGAACAAGUUGAAGGCGUGAACGCUGUAGUGCGAGCGGGUGCUGGUCUACAACUGGAUGGGAAAUCAUUUUCUGAAAGUAGUCUACGCGACGCAGUGAAUAGGAUGCUGGUGGACGAGCACGAACACUUUAAAGCCAAUGCUGAGCAUCUCGGAAAGCUGCUGAAGACUGGAGGAGGCGUUGACCGUGCAGUGAACGAACUGUUGGCUGUUGCGCAGUUUGGAGCGCGUCACUUGCUACCGAUGCGUAACUUGCAGCCGCUAUACAAGACGUACCUCGUGGACGUGUAUCUGAUCUACGGGGCGAUUCUCUGCGGCGCAGCCAUCAUUCUGCGCACGUUCGUGUCGGUCGUGUUGUCCAUUUUCCAGCCUUUGACGCCACUCGAGGUGCUUGAAGCAGAGGAGCUCGCUGCGAACGGUCAAGGGAGUCGUGCCGACGAGGUGGCCCAUAAAGCGGUGCAAUAA